CUGGCAUUUGUGCCGUUCGCAUUGUUAUUCCCACGUCACGGCUUCCUCCCCCUCCCCGUUCCUCCAGCAUCGCUCCGAGCCGCAGCCCCGCUACCCACCCCCCGCCCCGGCGGGUCCCCGCCGCAGGAUGCGCCGGCUGCACUGAGCCCCGGCAGACACCAGCACCGCGGGGGCGCGCACCCUCUGCCGGGAUCCCCCGCCCCGGGAAGGGGGGAACCAUCCUCCUCUCCCUCCGCCGGGCUCAGCCCCUGCAGCCCGGACCCCCCGAGCCGCGCGCCGCUGGAAGGGGGCAGCUGGCUGCGCUGGGGACGGUGCGUCUUGGAGACGGGGGUCGCGCGCCCCCCCCUCCAAAAGCCGAGAAUCGUCCUCGAAGGUGGUUCGUGCGCGACAAAGAAGAGGAUCGUGCGGUUCCAAGCAGCCAAAGUGCGUGGUUGGGAGGGAGCCUGCGCCCCAAAAGAGGCGAUUCCACGGCCCAAUGGGGCCCGUGCGCCCCGAACGAGCUCAGGUCGCUGGGUAGGGCCCGUGCGCCCUAACCGAAGAAGAAGGGGGGUUCCGUGCGCCCCGAAGGUGCCAAGGUCGGUGACUGGGGGGCCCGGGGGCCCCGAAGAAGGGGGGCUUUGUGCGCCCGAAGGAACCAAGGCCUGUGGCUAGGGGGGCCCGUGCGCCCCGGAGGAGCAGGGGCCUGCGCCAGGGGAAGCUGCGGGACGGGGGCUGAUCUGCGGGCGGGAGGAGGCGGGGUGGCGGCGCUGGAAGGGGCGGGGGAGCAGGAACCACCUUGCGGCAGCGCGAUGGGCAGCGAGGCCGGCGAGCCGGCGGCCAGCCGGGCCCUGGCCCAGCUGAGCGACUCGGAGCUGGGCGGCUACAGCAAGGAGGAGCUGGUGCGGCGGCUGCGGCAGGAGGAGGCGGAGAAGCUGGCGGCGCUGGUGCAGCGGGGGCGGCUGAUCCAGGGCGUCAAUCGGCAGCUGCAGGAGCAUCUGCGGGAGAUCCGCGAGCUGAAGCAGGUGAACGAGCGCUUGGCGGCCGAGAACCGCGAGCUCCGCGACCUCUGCUGCUUCCUGGACGACGACCGGCUGAAGGCCAAGCGGCUGGCCCGGGACUGGCAGCUGUUCGGGCAGCAGGCGGCCCGGGUGCUGCGGGACGAGCUGGCCUCCUGCCUGCACAAGCUGGCCGGGCUGGAGGGGCUGCAGGAGCGCCUGGCCGCCGAUAACCUGGAGCUCAAGGCGCUCUGCCUGGCGCUGGAGGAGGAAUGCGCCGCCCGCGCCGACAACAGCCCCGUCGGCUCCUCGGAGCUCAGCCUGCCCUGCGGGCCCCGGGACCUGGGCGACGGUAGCUCCAGCACCGGCAGCGUGGGCAGCCCGGACCAGCUGCACCUGGCCUGCUCGCCCGAGGACUAGAGACUCCCCCGGCGGGGGGCCGGGACCCACCCGGACUAGAGACCUCCCCAGGGGCCUGCCCCCCAGGACUGUACUCUCGCAAGGGGCCAGGAGCCCCCCAUCAAGGGAGCUGCUCCCAGUGACUUCACCCAACCGCCCCCACCAGAAGGACUGGAGAGCAGAGGAUCCCCCCCUCCCCCCGCAGGCUGUGGCAGGGGUCUCUCCCCUGGGAUCUGGGGAAGGGCUGCUGCAGAGGAUGGGGAGGGGGUUCACCUCCGUGAAGAUCCCAGUGCAGACUUUGGGGGUUAGGGAAUGGAGCUGGUUACUGGGGGGGAAGGUCAAAAAUGCAUUUUGGGUGCAACCCCCCCGAAGCAGCGUCUCUCUGGCUUCUUCAGCAACCCCUCUCCCCCCAGGUGCUAACUCCAACCCCGCGGUGUAGUGAGAGCAGUUUGACUCAGGGGACGGGGAGAUUAGGGCAAACCCUCCCCCAAAAGAAGUAAAAAUAAAUGUUUUAAAAUUGCUA